AUGACAAAAACUCGUAUUCCUACCAGACUCUCAAUAAGCGCUGCUAUUCAUUCAGAAUUCUUCAGAAAUCGUUGGAACACUGCGGAUUUACAGUGCACUGAUUCCAAAAAAGGCCAGUGGUUUUUAGUGGAAACCAACUACGAUCACUGGAAAUCCGACAAGGAUAAACGUCGGAAAAUGGCGGAAAAAGCUCUUCGAAAGAUUGGUCAAAAAGCAAUGACACAUAAAAAUAUGCUGUGGAUACUGUCGCUUCAUCCAGUCGAAAAUAAGUAA